GUUAUGCAUAAAAUUGCGUUUCGUAUUAUUGAUAAUAUUUGGGUCGACUGAUUAUUCAGCAACUAGCAUCAAAUCAUUAUAUAUUACUGAAUGGUCACAAAAUUAUAUAAUUUAUAAUCUUAGGACAAGCGUUAUAUAAACUAAUACAGUGCUGUCUGGGUAGAUGUCCUGGGCCCUGAUCUCUCCAAGGGUCCUAUUUGUCAUAUUCAUAACUUGCUGCAAGUUACUACAUUUAAUGCCUGGAGGUAUUAGUCACUAGUGCGACAAGAAUGACAAGUACUCGGAAAAGUCCUCUUCUUGAGGCCUCUAAGAAGUACAAAAGAAGAAAACAAGAUACAGAAUACAAUCUCAUGGGAAGUGAGACAGAAAUCAAUACUGCAAUUAUAAAUGAAUUUGAUUCCACAACCCAAACUGAUGUAAACUCUAUAUCGACUAGGGUAGGUGCUGAGACCUUAAAUUCAGACCAAACACUAGAUGACAUAAAGUCUGUUUGUGUUAAAGUCGAAGCUGAUGAAUGGUGUAAUGUAGCUGCUUGUUUUUAUUCUGGGUGUGCCGAUUCAGAACAGGUUCAAGGGAAAGAGAAAUGUCAAGAAACAGACACAUUCCACGGUAGAGGAAAGCUUGAGGAUGUGUAUAUCCCCUGUCCAGUAGAGAUCCCAAUAGGUGGGACCAAAAAGGAGCCAGUGUUGGAUGAAAAACAGGAUGCUUGUGAUAAAGUCACGGAUGAAAACAGGCUGAGGAUUUUAAAUGAGUUGCCUCUGAGCCAGUUUGGUUCUCAAGAAGUUUUUCUAGAUUUUGAACAUGAUCAGUUUAUGCCAAGUGUACAACAUUCUUCCUCUGAUUUGACUCCUGUCAUUCAUUUGUCUUUAAAAACUGAGGCAAAUACUUCAAGCACCUCACCGUCGGUUCAGAUUUUGCCUACGAAUGCCAUAACAUGCAGGUUAGUGAUAGCUGCCAGCUCUAAUUCUACUGAUGCUUGGGGUAAAAAAAUGUGUUUUGAUAAAUCCAUUAAACAAGAAGUUUCUAAACAUCAGUCAAUUGGUUUGUCAAGUGAUGUAACAGAUAGUAUGGAUCAAAUAGUUGCAAUAUUACCAGUGAAUGAUCCGCAUGUUCCAAUGCCUUUAAUCAGCUACGAUUCCAAGUCAAAUCUAUCACAUAACAUUUCUGAAAGUCAGAGCAAUAAAGAGCCUUUGUCGAUGAGUUCGAAAAUUGAAGAAGUUGCCAUGACAUCCCAAGUAGUGAAUUCCAAUCCGGUAAAAGAGUCUGGUGAUUGUUCUUCUGAUGACUUUGAAGAGAUAUUCAUUGAAAGAAACGAAGGGAAAAGCAAGAGCUAUCCUUCAACGCUUCCGGUACCAAAAAGGGUUUGUGGUGAAGGUUCUUCAAGAGGCUUAGUCAAGUCGAGGGGUACAGUUAGAGAGAAUGCUGCACAAACAACGGUUUCCCUUUUUCGGAAACCAGCUGAGAGAAAAUUGGACAAAUAUGGUGACCUAGUGAGUAAUAAGAAAUUGAAGAAAGCCAAGACACCAGAAAAGGACCAUACGGAGAACAGUAUUCAAGAGGGGAACCAAGCCAGUUGUAUGAACCUGAAACCUCCUGAUGAUGACCACUUUCUCUACUGUGUAGAAUGCAACAAGGAGUUUGAAGGGGACUGCCCUGUCCAUGGACCAUACAACUACAUACAAGACAAAGAGGUUCCAGAAGAAGACCCACAUAGAGCAGAACACACCUUACCAGAUGACCUUGAAAUUAAAACCUCAACAAUAGUUGGAGCUGGUCUUGGCGUAUUUACAAAAGUUGGACUUGAUAACGGGAUCAUGUAUGGACCUUAUGAGGGCGAUAUCAUCACUGACAACAAUAAGUCAGGAUAUUGCUGGCAGAUCUAUAAGGAGAGCAAAGCGAGCCAUUAUGUGGAUGCCCAGGACAAGUCCACAUCUAACUGGAUGAGAUAUGUGAACUGUGCUAUGAAGGAGGCAAAUCAGAACCUGGUAGCAUUCCAGUACAAAGGAGGAAUCUAUUACUGCACGUUGAAGCAAGUUUCAUCAGGGGAGGAACUUCUGGUUUGGUAUGGAGAUGAAUGCGCUAGCGAACUUGGCCUUGCCAGAGAAGAUUGCCUUAGCAGAGACAAGAAUUUGCAUUUCAGACCUAAAUAUGUCAAUGGAGAAGAAAUUUUUCAAUGUGUGUACUGCAAGAUAGCAUUCGCAACUGCAGUCCUUUUUGUUCGUCAUUUGAGGAGAAUGCAUGGUGGUGAUAAACUUACAUCAAAAGAUCUUCAAGUUCUAGAUCAGUGGCAUCGAGAAUAUGAUGAUCAAUAUCUGAAAGCGUAUGCACAACAGAUACAUCCUUUAUCCAAUGAAAUACAUCUCAACAGUAUUUCAAAUGUUACACGUAAUAAAAGUGACAUGUCACAAAGUUUCUGUGAUGAGCAAUUAACAAGUGUCAUAUUACAUAAGAAUAGCAAUGUUGAGGUGUGUAAUUAUACAAGUAAUAUCAGUUAUGGCAUGAAGACAUUUAAGAGGAUACCUACAGGAAAAAGACUGAACAAGUGUGAGGUGUGUGGUUAUACAUGUGCCCACAAGUUUAACUUGAAGAUACACAUGAGGAUACAUACAGGAGAAAAACUGUACAAGUGUGAGGUGUGUGGUUAUGCAUUUAACCAGAAGGGUCACUUGAAGACACACAUGAGGAUACAUACAGGAGAAAAACCAUACAAGUGUGAGGUGUGUGAUUUUGAAUGUAUCCAGAGUAGUACCUUGAAGACACACAUGACGAUACAUACAGGAAAGAAACUCUUCAGGUGUGAGAUGUGUCGUUAUGCAUGUAACCUGAAGUGUCACUUGAAGACACACAUGACGAUACAUACAGGAGAAAAACUGUACAAGUGUGAGGUGUGUGGUUAUGCAUUUAACCAGAAGGCUCACUUGAAGACACACAUGAGGAUACAUACAGGAGAAAAACCAUACAAGUGUGAGAUUUGUGGACAUUCAUUUACCCAGAGAAGUACCUUGAAGACACACUCGACGAUACAUACGGGAGAGAAACUCAUCAAGUGUGAGGUGUGUGGUUUUGGAUGUAACCUGAGGUGUCACUUGAAGACACACAUGACGAUACAUACAGGACAAAAACUGUACAAGUGUGAGAUGUGUGGUUAUGCAUUUAACCACAAGGGUAACUUGAAGAAACACAUGAUGAGACACUCAGCGGAGAGACUGUACAAGUGUCAGGUGUGUGGUAAAUCAUUUUACAAUAGUGAUGACUUGAAAAGAUGCAUGAGGAUACAUACAGGUGAGAGAGAGUACCAGUGUGAGGUGUGUGGUUAUGCAUUUAAGCGGAGUUAUGCCUUGAAGAGACACAUGAGGAUACAUACAGAAGAGAGGAAGUACAAGUGUGAGGUGUGUGGUAAUGCAUUUUCCCAAAAAUAUUCCUUGAAUAGACACAUGAAGAUACAUACAGGAGUGGGGGUACAAGUGUGAGGUGUGUGGUAAUUUAUUUAAUCAGAGUGUUCACUUGAAGAUUCAAAUAAGGAUACAUACAGGAGAAAGGCUGUUCAAGUGUAUAGUGUGUUGUGCACGUAACUAUGAUUUUCAUUUAAAGAGACACUUGCAGAUACAUACAGGAGAUCGAUUGAUCUCAAAAUAAUUUCUGCAUGUCAUUAAUAUAAUAAGUUUAUGUUAAAUAAAUAAAAUUUAAUUACUAAGAUGUGUCAAUUUCACUUCGCAAAAUAUUUUGACACAUCUAUUUUAGAGGAUAGGUUAAUUUUUGACAUUUCUUCCAAAACAACGAAAUAGAAUAAAUAGCUUUACAUGCAACGUUGAAAUAAUGCAUGGUAGAAAAUUGACUUAAAAUUAGUCUUUAGGUAAUAAAAUGCAAGAUAAUUUAGUUGUAUACAUGUAUUGCUUUAGAAUAAGUGAUUUAUUAAAUACACAUUUAUUCUACACAAUUUCUUAAGAUUAUACUUGUUUUUUAAUACCUAUUAGAUGAGUUAAGGUUUUUUAACUUUUUCCAAAAGUAAUAUAAACUCAUCUUAAUGCUUUGAAAGAGCAGUUUAAGAUUCUACACACUUGUGAAUUCUGUCAGAAAAAAAUGCCUAAAAAUGAAAUGCCUGACUUACUUUUGGUUUGUUGUCAGAAAUAAUGCCUAAAAAAGAGAACUUAAGAAAAACAAUAAAAUACCGUUAGCAUGAAGUUGUACCGUUAGAGAUUGGCAAGCAGCUGCUCGCUGACAAGUGUCCAACUAUCAUGCAAUUAGAUAAUGACUUGAUUAUGUGUCUGAUUGGCACUUUGGAGGUUAGGCUGUAUCCUGACAUUGUAUACAUGUAUCACGAACAUUUGUAUUGGUUUUUAAUAGUUAAAUAUUGCAUUAUAGUCAUUCAGCUGUGUGCAUGGUUAUAAACUUACAUUUUUUCCAUGGUUGACCAGCCUCCUUUUGUCAAUACCUCUUUAACUAGCUUUAAUUAGCUUUCUCAGAAAAUAUUGGGGAUCACCACUUAUAUAUUUCUUAUUUUUAUGGCUGUUCUGAGGUGGUGUAACAUUCUUAGCGUUUUUCUUAGCACCAGGUCUUUUACACACAAUGUCCGAGUCUGUGAAUGAAAAUAACAGAAAACAAUUUGACCAUUAUACAAUAACAGAUUUAUCUUAAGAAAGUUACAUAUAUAUUUGUCAUGUCACAUGUGUUGUUGUCUUCUACCAUGUUUGUUAGGGUUAACACUUGCCCAAUAAUGCUUUAUUUAGAAUUCAUUUAUAAAUUAUAUUGAAAA